AUGCUUCGAUUCACUAACGUUGAUCAUAAACCAACACGACUUCCACCUGUCUAUGGAUAUCGCACUCAUCCGCUUCUUCCACUUCGACAAGCUCUUGAUCCUAUUGUCUCUAAAAUAGAUCAAUUAGAUGAAUUUAUUAAAAUUGCAAAGAGUGAAUGUCAUUUUCCUUCAGAACAUGGUCUUACUCGUGAAGAAUCAGCGUCAAUUUAUUUAUAUACUAUGGAUUGGGGUGAACAAAGUCUCUAUCGAAUACUCAAUGAAGUUCUUCGUGAGAAAGAUCGAUCUGUAUUAAUACCAUGGCAUGGUUAUCUCAGAUUAUUUGAUACUGCAUUAAAAAAACUACCCAGUCUUCAAAUCAACUUAUGGCGUGGUAUCAAUGGUGACAUUAGUAAAAAUUACAAAGAAAACGAUGAGCUAACUUGGUGGUGUUUUAGCUCGUGUUCAUCUUCAGUUAAAGUCGUCAAACAGUUUCUUGGAUCCAUAUCAACAUUGUUCAUGAUUGAAGUAAAGAAUGGAAAAGCUAUAUCAGUAUAUAGCAAUUUUUCAGAAGAAAAUGAAGUUAUUCUUCCAUUGGGUACUCGACUUCGUGUUGUCAGUGAUGCGUUAGAUCAUGCGUCAUUAAAUGUGAUACACUUGCGAGAAUUGGUUGAUGAAAAUGAUCAAGAAUUAACAUCAUCCUUUGCAAAUAUGGGUGUCACUACAUCAAUCAAACAUCAAAUGGAUUACAAAGAAACAUUGCCAAAUAACCAAUCCUCAACAUUUAAAAUCUGGGCUGACGAAAAUGGAAACAAAUAUGAUAUCACAGUUCGCAUAUCAUAUGACGGUAAAUUUCGUUAUUCAAUGUUGAUGAAUACUUGUGAAAUCUUUUACAUUAUAAGAGAACGACGACUAAGGAGCAUGGAAGAACGGGAAAAAACACAGAAAAGGGACGUAUUACUAUGCCAGUGGGGAGAAGUAUACAGGUGAUUGGGUCGACGACAAGAUAGCGGGUCAAGGUGUUUUUACUUGGCCAGAUGGCAAUCGAUACGAGGGACAAUUCAAGGAUCACAAGAAGAACGGAAAAGGCACGCAUUACUUUGCCAGUGGGAACAAGUAUACAGGUGAUUGGGUCGACGACAUACGAACAGGUCAAUGUGUUUUUACAUGGGCCAAUGGCGAUCGAUACGAGAAGGAGUAUUCGCAAAUGUCCUCAUCUGGUCUGUUGUAAUGGUCUAUGUAUAAGAAACAAUAGUUGAUACAAUCUAUGAACAACUGAUGGGACAAUUCAAGGAUGACAAUAUGAACGGAAAAGGCACGUGUUACUUUGCCAAUGGGGAGAAGUAUACAGGUGACUGGGUCGACGACAAGAAAGCGGGUCAAGGUGUUCAUACUUGGCCAGAUGGCAAUCGAUACGAGAAGGAGUAUUCUCAAAUGUCCUCGUCUGAUCUAUUAUAAUGGUCUAUGUAUAAGAAAGAAUAGUUGAUACAAUCUACGAACAACUGAUGGGGCAAUACAAGGAUGACAAGAAGAACGGAAAAGGCACGUAUUACUAUGCCAAUGGGAACAAGUAUACAGGUGAUUGGGUCAAUGGCAUGCAAACAGGUCAAGCUGUUUUUACAUGGGCCGAUGGCGAUCGCUACGAGAAGGAGUAUUCACAAAUGUCCUCGUCUGAUCUAUUGUAAUGGUCUAUGUAUAAGAAAGAAUAGUUGAUACAAUCUAUGAACAACUGAUGGGACAAUACAAGGAUGACAAAAAGAACGGAAAAGGGACGUAUUACUUUGCUAAUGGGAACAAAUAUACAGGUGAUUGGGUCGACGACAUGCAAACAGGUCAAGGUGUUUUUACUUGGCCCAGUGGCAAUCGAUACGAGAAGGAGUAUUCACAAAUGUCUUCGCCUGAUCUAUUGUGAUAGUCUAUGUAUAAGAAAGAAUAGUUGAUACAAUCUAUGAACAACUGAUGGGACAAUACAAGGAUGGCAAUAUGAACGGAAAAGGUACGUAUUACUUUGCCAGUGGGAAGAAGUAUACAGGUGAUUGGGUCGACGACAUGCAAACAGGUCAAGGUGUUUAUACUUGGCCCAAUGGCGAUCGCUACGAGAAGGAGUAUUCACAAAUGUCCUCGCCUGAUCUAUUGUGAUGAUCUAUGUAUAAGAAAGAAUAGUUGAUACAAUCUAUGAACAACUGAUGGGACAAUACAAGGAUGACAAGAGAAACGGAAAAGGCACGUUUUACUUUGCCAAUGGUAAAGUUCAAACAGGACAAUGGUCAAAUGAUACCUUCAUGGGAUAAUUUUAUUUCUAUUCUUUUAUCACGUAAGAUGCAUCUCUCACCCAACCUUAAUUAUUUGUGUUUAGAAUGAACAAAGUAAGUAAAAAUCAAACGAGAACGAUAAAUCAGUUUUAUUGUGCAUAUAGAAUUAUCAAUAAAUCCAAAAAUAAUGUUGAAAAUUCUAAUGAGCUAGAUAGUAAAAUAACAGGUAUUAUCGUCAUGCGUCUAGUAGUUUUUAACAAGCUCUAGAAAGUAGUUGCGUUUGAAAACAGAAGAAAUGCGAAAAAAGUUUGAGCGCAUGUCUGCCAAAAUAAAGAAGUCUGGUUAAUGAGAGUGCGAAUAUAGAAUGGAAUGGAGGGUCUAGGCAAGAGUGACUCGCGAGGAAUUUCCUAGCUCGAACUCACUAUUAUUACGCACACUCCACACCCACACGUGCAAUCACCUGCAGCUACCUAUACUCACAAACUCCUACUCGUGAAAGUCAAUAUGAAGUAUUAACAACUCUUUUUAUGAUAAAAGAAAAGGACGAAAAAUAACGAAUAACAUCAGGUUGAAUGAACGUAUUCUAUUUACUCUUUUUCUCUUUAAAUUUCUUUGUUAUAAUUUUGUUUAGAAAUCAGAAGAACAAGUAACGCGACGCAAACGUCGCUAACCCUCUACUGAAAGGAUGUGAUUUCCUUGAACAUAUGGCACUGACGAAGAAGAAGACCACUGAACUAGUGUGCUGCUAUGCAUCUAUAAAAAGAUAAAUAGUUCUCGUCACCGUGGCCCGCUUGCUAAUUGAUUGGAUUUGAUUUAACCAUCGUGGGGUGUGAAUGUGAAGUGUGGGUGUGGAGUGUGGGGUGUGGAUGUAGAGUGUGGAUGUAGAGUGUGGGUGCGGGGUGUGAGGUGUGGGUGUGGGCGUAUGUCUUCACUUCAUCCAUACUCAGACCCAUCCCACACGCAUCCACCCACCCAUACCCCACGAUGGUUAAAUCAAAUCCAAUCAAUUAGCAAGCGAGCCAUGGUGACGAGAACUAUUUAUCUUCUUAUAGAUGCAUAGCAGCACAUUAGUUCUGUGGUCUUCUUCGUGAGUACCAUAUUUUCAAGGAAAUCACAUCCUUUCAGUAGAGGGUUAGCGGCGUUUGCGUCGCGUUACUUGUAUAGUAGCAUUAACUACCACACAUCACUAAAACUCACACAAAAUACCCAAGAAUACUGCCCCAACAGGUGCUCCAACCAUACUCAAAUCUAAACUGUCAGUUUCAAACACAAACACAGUGCCUACACUGGAAAAAAAAGGUGUAGUACCGAACCAAAAAAGGUAUCGUAGACGAAAAAAAGGUUUCGUACAUAGUACGGAACUUAAAAAGGUUUAGA